GCACUGUGGAAGUUCGCCCGGUGACAUGGGGCGGUGACGGCGCGCCGCGCCUGGCGGGCCAGCGGGGAGAGCCGACUGUGGAGAAGCAGGAUGCGCCCUCGCCGACGGCUCUUCUGCCGGGGCCCUUGCGCAGGCUUCAAGAUCAAGUUGGAGAAAAGAACAGCUACUCUUCCAAAUUCACCAGCUUCAACCAUCACUGUUGUUGGGAAUGGACAAUGGAAUGUUCUCUAGCUUUAUCAUGAUCAGAAACCUUCUCCUCUUUUGUAUUUCCGUGAACUUAUCCAGUCACUUUGGCUUUUCACAAAUGCCAACCAGUUCUGUAAAAGAUGAGACCAAUGAUAACAUCACAAUAUUCACCAGGAUCUUGGAUGGGCUCUUGGAUGGCUAUGACAACAGACUGCGGCCUGGGCUGGGAGAGAGGAUCACGCAGGUGCGGACAGACAUCUAUGUCACCAGCUUCGGCCCAGUGUCUGACACAGAAAUGGAGUAUACCAUAGAUGUGUUUUUCCGACAAAGCUGGAAGGAUGAGAGGCUGCGGUUCAAGGGGCCCAUGCAGCGUCUGCCUCUCAACAACCUUCUUGCCAGCAAAAUCUGGACCCCAGACACCUUCUUCCACAAUGGGAAGAAGUCCAUUGCACACAACAUGACCACGCCCAACAAGCUGCUGCGGCUGGAAGAUGAUGGCACGCUGCUCUACACCAUGCGCCUGACUAUCUCUGCUGAGUGCCCCAUGCAGCUUGAGGACUUCCCGAUGGACGCCCAUGCUUGCCCUCUGAAGUUUGGCAGCUAUGCAUAUCCAAAUUCGGAAGUUGUCUACGUCUGGACCAAUGGCUCCACCAAGUCUGUGGUAGUGGCAGAAGAUGGCUCCAGACUGAACCAGUACCAUCUCAUGGGGCAAACAGUGGGCACUGAGAAUAUCAGCACCAGCACAGGUGAAUACACAAUCAUGACGGCACACUUCCACCUGAAGAGGAAGAUUGGGUACUUCGUCAUCCAGACCUACCUUCCCUGCAUAAUGACAGUAAUCUUAUCCCAGGUGUCCUUUUGGCUAAACCGAGAAUCUGUCCCAGCUCGGACGGUUUUUGGGGUGACCACAGUGCUGACGAUGACAACGCUCAGCAUUAGUGCUCGGAACUCGCUGCCCAAAGUGGCCUAUGCCACAGCCAUGGACUGGUUUAUCGCAGUGUGUUAUGCAUUCGUCUUCUCUGCACUGAUUGAGUUUGCCACAGUCAACUACUUCACGAAGAGAGGCUGGGCUUGGGAUGGCAAGAAAGCCCUGGAGGCAGCCAAGAUCAAGAAAAAGGAGCGUGAACUCACACUAAAUAAGUCAACAAAUGCUUUUACAACUGGGAAGAUGACCCAUCCUCCAAACAUCCCAAAGGAACACACUCCAACAGGGAGCUCAAAUGUACCUUCAGUCUCCGUAAAGCCUUCAGAAGAGAAGACUUCUGAGGGCAAAAAGACAUACAACAGCAUUAGCAAGAUUGACAAAAUGUCCCGAAUUGUAUUCCCUGUCUUGUUUGGCACUUUCAACUUAGUUUACUGGGCAACAUAUUUGAAUAGGGAGCCUGUGAUUAAAGGGGCCACCUCUCCAAAAUAAGUCCAAGCUUCUAGGAAGCCAAAAUGGUACCAAGGAGGGGCUGAGCUCAGAGAGAUUCUCUGUAUUAAGGCACUGUCUUUCAGGAAUUUUUUUUGCAUGUUUAAUAAUACGUACAAAUAAUAUUGCCUUGAUGUUUCUACAUAUAACUUCAGAUGUUUCAAAGAUAUCCUAUUGAUAAAUAAAGCAAACAACUUUCUAGUAAAACAGGAGGCAAUGACUCUACACUCAGAAGCUUAACAUCGAUAGUUUACAAACAAGAUAAGUAUAUUUUUAACUGUUCCAAGUAUAACAAAGUUUUUUAUACUUCGAAUGUCAUUUCAUACAAAUUUUCCCAGGAGAUAAAUAUUUUAGGAAAUGCUCCAUGAUUAUUACUUGACCAACACUUGCAAGGAACAAAGAUCACAGAGAGCACAUUUUUCAUGAAAAGAAAAGUUUGGACAUUCAUGUCCAAUAUUAAUUGCCUUUGAUAAUUCUUCCUGUUCUGUAAUUAGAAAAACACUGCAUGAACUGACAUUAAGAAAUAGAAUAGGUGAACAUUUAUGCAGACAAAUUUAAUAACAGAUACAUGGUAUGUUAGAUUAGCAGAUCAAAUAUUUCCUCAAGGAAAAAUUUAACUGAUUAAAAGUUAAUUUUUUUGGAAAGGAAUUUGUUUUCAAUUCCACCCCAACUCCUCCACUACCUUAGCAAUGACCAAGAAAAUGUUAAAACAAGUGACUUGAUAAUCUUGGCCUUGAUUGCACCCCUGCUCACUAUCUCUGGAACAUUGGCCACCUCUACCUGCCGCCAGUGUGUUGUGCUUUAGUGGUGAGGAAUUGUAAUUGAGGUGUUUUCCAUUUUAUUUCCUUUUAUGUAUUUCAUGAUUGAAUUAUUGCUCUGUUAGCUUUUGUAUAUGAAUCUUAAAUGUUCAUUAAAAAAUAAAAAAAAUCAUAGGAAUAUAGCAUCCUUUCUUAUAUUCAAA